AUGGAUUACGAAAUCAUUGAUUAAAUAGGAAAGGGAAGUUAUGGUGUGAUUUAUAAGGUGAAAUUAGGAACUCAAAUAUAAGUUUUGAAGGAAAUUUCACUAAAGAAUCUAUCUUUGAAAUAGCAGAAUGAAGCUUAUAGGGAAGCUUAGAUUAUGCAUACAUUAAAUCAUCCAAAUAUAGUGUCAUACUAUAAUUCUUAACUUAGAAGAGAUAAGUUGAAUAUCUUUAUGGAAUAUUGUGAAGAUGACCUUUAUAAUUAUAUUUGUAGAAAUCCAUCUCCAGGUGAGAAUUAAGUAUGGUUGUGGACAACUUAAUUGUUAGAAGGUCUUGAGUAUUUACAUUCUUAAAAAAUAAUGCAUAGAGAUAUCAAACCUAAUAAUAUAUUAAUGAGAAACAAUGUAUUAAAAAUAAGUGAUUUGGGAGUGUCCAAAAGUUUAGUAUCGACUCAAUAACUUUAAACAACAAAAGUAGGAACUCCUUUAUAUUUGGCUCCUGAAUUAAUACGAAAUAGACCCUAUGAUAGUAAGAUUGAUAUUUGGGCAUUGGGAUGUGUUCUUUAUUUUAUUUGUUAAGGUGAUCCUCCUUUUAGUGGAAGUAAUGUAAUUUCAUUGGGAUAUAAUAUAGUGAAUAAAUGUCCAAAACCAAUUAAUAGUAAAUAUUCAAAAAGGUUGUAGAGUCUAAUAUUUAAAUUAUUAAAUAAAGUACCAGAAUUUAGACCAACAGCUACUUAAGCAUUACAAUAGAUUCGAGAAGAUAAUGAUUAGAAAAUAAAACCUUUAUUCUAGAAGAUCUUCUCAGUUCAUUCUUAACAUGAAAUAACCAGAGGAGAUGAUAGGAAAGAAUAAAAUAAAACUGUUUAAAUGAUAUAGAGUAGAAGAUUAGAAAGAAUUAUUCAAUAAUAGAAAGAUGCUUAAGUAAGGUUGUGUGAAGCUGAUAAAUUUAGCAAAAUUGUACUUUUAAAUAGAAUUAUUAAACAUUAAUCAGAACAUUAUGCACAAUGA